AUGGCAGCAUCCAUCAGCAGCGGCGCUCUUCAACACCAGAACCCAACUUUCCAAUCCACCGCCGUCUUCAACAUCCUCGACCCAAUCUCCCUCAUUCUCUCCCAAAAUUCCUCCGAUUCCUUCGAGCCCAUCCCUCUCAAGCUCACCACCGAGACCUACUUCAUGGAGCGCGGGCCUCGCUACACGGCCUACGCCCACCUCAGGGAAUCCAAGCUCCGUACCAAGAUCCCCUCCACCACCACCGCCGCCGCCGUGUCGGAGACCGAGUCCUGGAGGCAGACCACUCCGCCGCCGAAGAAACAGGUCAAAUUCAAACACCAACCGCUCAAUCUUCCUGCCCCUGUUUCCAGAAGGGCUUCUGGGUACGGCGCUUCGUCUAUGCUGGCUCAGUCGGUGCCGGAUUUCUCGGCGACGCUGAGGAAGGAGAACAGGAAGCCCAAGCCGGCGCCGGUGAUGGUGGGGCACCUGACGCCUCCGCCGUGCAAGAGCGGGUCGAAGAUGCAGGGCGUGUUGUCUUCGAGAGGGAGCAAGUCCGUUGGGUCGGGGGAGAAGAGGAGGGGAAUGGGAAACGGCGGCGGCGGCGGCGGAUUGAUGGCGAGGAAGAGCUACGCGAAUUUGGAGGAAUUGAAGGGAUUGUCGGCGGCGGCGUCAAAUUCCAGGGGAAAUGUUGGUGGGAGAGGAAUUGGGAAUGGGAAGGCCGUACUUGGGUACAGACACUAA